AUGCCAAGCGACGGUGCGUGUGGGCGCUACCACCGCUACAAGGCGACGACCAACGCCGUCUUCGAGUGGCUCCACCGAGCGACCAAGCCCAAGACUAAGAACGCCAAGCGCAAGGUCAAGAAGCACGGCGCGCGGUCGGCCGACGUCACCGAGUGGUCGGUCUCGCAGAUCUACGCCGCUGCGCUCGAGGUCGUCGAGGCUGCCUUGCCCGUGCCCGCUGCCAUCCUGCGCAAGCUCGGGACAGCCAUCCGCCUGCGCCACCAGUACUCUCUCAAAAUGGCUCCCGACGCCGGCCAUACGCAUGUCCUCAACACGCUUCGCGCGAUCGAGGUCCAGUGGACGCCGCUGGUGCCCAUCAAGACGCCCGCUCCGGUCAAGACGCCCACUUCCGUCGAUGCAACUAGCGGUGAGAUCAACUUGGCCAACGCCUUUGAGGCCCUCGCCACCGACGACGCCGAUGACGACGCCGACGUGUGGGCGGAGACGCCGAUGCCGCCGUUCGACAUGACGACCUUUGUCGCGCCGGCCAGUGCUGCUGACGCAGCCCGCGCAGCGCUGCAAGCGCGUAUCGAAGACGAGAAGUUCCAGUGCAGAUGCUUCCUCCUUGACUUUGACGACCUGAUGCGCGAGGUCCAUAUUGCGUGGAAAAUGUUCAAGGACGGGCACACGAGCUUGCUCGCAGCGACGGCCGUCACCAACGCCUGCGUCCACGCCGUCCAAGUCGAUGAGUUUCUCAUCGACCUCGUGUCCGAGCACGACGGUCUCACACUUGGCACCGCGGUCGAGCUCGUGGUGUUGGCCAAGCGGGUGAGCAUCGAGCGUCUCCGUCCCGAUGCCGAGCGCGUGAUCGCCAAAACGCUCAAGACGUCGGCGGCCGCGGCGUCGCGCUUCCACGCCAGCGUCCGUGCCCAGUUUACGUGUGCGCUCUUCCCUGUCGUCUUCAUGGAACCGAGGGCACUGGAUGCUAGCCUCACGCUCCUCCAGGACAGGUUGGUCGGCGUGCACGAGUGCAUUGCACCCAAUUGGCGCGUCAUCCUGGCGGACGGGCAGUUUGGCCGUAGCUGGGCCGAGCCGCACGAGCUCGCGUCAUCGCUGUGGGACUUGCACCAAACGUUUUUUGGUCACAUUUUGCCGCUGCUCACGUUCCACGUGCGCGUCCCCAACCCCUUGAUGACUGCCCACGGCCCGUCGACGAGCCCGUUUCUCGAGCUUCUUCGGGCGUAUGUCGCGUCCAAGGACAUCUCGGUGGCCCUUCUCUUUGCCUGCAAUGCGCUUUUGGUGAGCAUCUUGUCUACGCAAGGCGCGCCAAGUGAUAGGAUCCACUGCGCCAAGGUCGUCGACGACACGCGUUGGACGAUCGACCGCCACGCCACCCAGAUGCAAGCCGAUCGUGGCAUUGUGGACGGUCUACUCGUGGCAGCGCCGACCAUGCACAACGUCAAGGUGGUCCUUGGCUGGUUUGACGACAUCCGACGCAUAACGUCGGCCAACAAGUACUUUAGCCAAAAGGAAGUCGACCGCGCGUGGUUCAACCCGUACAUGGCGGGCCAAGUUCUUCUCUCGAUGAAUAUGGACAUUACGUUCACCUUGGGCUUGACGGCGAUCGAUGACAUUGGCCAAGCGCGUACGAUACUCCACUUUUACAACGCGCUCCGCGUCCUCGACAAGAUCCCACCGAACAGAGACCUCGACAACUUGGUCACCAUGUACGAGCGCGGCAAGUCGGUGUGGGUCGGCGGCCGCCCUACCGCCCGUGGCAAUAUUCUAAAAGCAUAUUUGCUCGCGUGGGGCUACAACCCGUAUACGACCGCGACCAUGGCGGCCGGCAUUUGCGACGACCACGAAGAGUACGUUGCCAAAGGCGCGCUGCGCGACCGCAUGGACCACCGCAGUGCGGCGCAGAGGGCGUCGACGCCGCACAACACGUCUCGGAAGAAGCUCGAACCGACCAAGCCCGCGCACGUGAGCAAGGCGUAUCGCUACGUGACACGGACAAUGUUGCCGGACGACGUGGACGCCACGCGCCUUCCGAGUGCCUUUGCCAUUCGGGCCAUCGUCCUCAGCGACUUUGACGCGUUUUUAUACCUCGACCUCAAACGGGUCGGCCAGCUCUUUCGUGAAGCUGGUCCGUGGCACGAGACGGACGUCCACGCCCGCCAUCAGAGUGAAAUCAUGGUUUCCCAAACGCUCCUCGCGCUCUGCGACUGCAAACCCGACGACCAUCGCCUUGUCCAAAUUGCCAAAGUGUUGACGCACGUCGCGGACCGCAUGCACGAGAUGCACUGCCUCGCGUAG